AUGAUGAAUGCGGUGCUCGCCCAUUGGCUUGCACCAGUGAAGUUGGGUGGAGCUUUUCACGUGGGAGUGGAGGUCGGCGGCCUGGAGUGGUCCUAUGGCCGCACCUUCCGAGACUCACGGCCUGGGGUGGUCGGGAUGCCUCCACGAAAGGAUCCCAACCACAGCUUCCGGCAGACGGUUCAUCUGGGAUAUACGGAGAUGUCCUUGGAGUCCGUGAACCUGCUAAUCAGUGUGAUGAUCGAGGACUAUCCUGGACGCUCCUAUGAUGUUCUCAGGUGCGGCCUAGCCAGUGAACUGCUCUUCCAAGUUGAGUUUCGGCCAACAAUAGUGGGGUCGCGGGUAUUCGCGUAUCCAGUCCUUUUGAAGGUAAUGCGUGAGCAUGCACAGACCCAAAGAACAGAUGAGAAACGUUCGGAAAGAGAUGAACAGAUCCGACCAAUUGAUGGGAGUGAGUUUUGUCGAGGGUUUUCAUACUCUCUUAGCUUUCUCACACCUCGUGACCGCCAUGCUGGCUCAAAGCGAAGAAGAACGAGCUUCAACGCGUUCCCUUGGCUUCAUCGCUCAGUCGCUGGAUUCAGUUCCAUGGCUGCCUCUGAAGAGAGGAUCCUCUUGACGGCCACCAUCCUCGAUGAGGAGUCGUUGACGGAAGAGAACCAACAAGGCAAAUCCAACAAGUGGCUCGUGCGUGGUGUCUCUGCGGUGCUGGUUUUUGCGGCUGUGGCAGCGCUGGUCCUUUUGAAGUUCACACCUCCCGCUGCCUCCCAUGUCCUCCACCCGCAGGCGUUUGGCUGGGAUCCAGUCGUGUGCAGCGGGAACGAUGCACCAAUGUCCAGAAGACUGGAAGAAUCCUUCCCAAAUCAUGGGCUACCACUGUCUUCAUAA